AUGGAUGAGGGAAAGAUGCCCUCCCCACCUUGUUCCCCUCCAUCUGUGGCAGGGUUCCCUGUAGAGUCAGAGAAGAUGCUGGAGGCAAAGACUUAGGCUGCAGAGAAUUUGGAGUAUAGCCUCACAGAUAAAGCUGACAGGAUACUCAAAAAUGAGAUUAAUGCAAAAAACCAAACCAAACCAAAACAAAACAACAGAACGGAUCUACAGUCAUUGCUAACUUGUUCCUCUGUGGAUCAGACAGCAGUACUUAUCUUAUUACAGGGACUUGCUGAGCUUGCAAAAGAAAGACCAUCAAAUUCCACCAAGUUCCUACAUUUGGUUGCUACUGUAGCUUUACAUUAUUAUAAGGUAGCUUUAAUUGCCAUGAUUCUCCUCCCCACUCUGGAAAUUAAAGAACCUGCAGGACAGCAGAACUCAUUUCUGGAGCUGCAGAAGGGUACAUACCCUCCCUUCCCCUGA